AUGAAGAUCACCAACGCCCGGGCGCUCCUCAAGAAGGCAGCAGCUAUGUGCAAGAGCAAGACCAGUGUCCUCACGGCCAGGCUCCUCAUCCUCGCCUCCGUCCAUCGCAGGUUGGCCACGGUCGGCGCCAUUUCUCACAGGAUCCAUGCCCUCAUUGUGGCUGACCGGGAGAAGGGUGCCAAAGUGGACUACCACAAGGCUCUCAUGCUCCGCAAGGUUGAGAAGCCAAAGUACCAAGUCGGUGAGAUGGUUGAUCCGUCCCACCAUCUAACAUUGUUUGAUCAAGAGGACGGUGUUGGUGGCUGCCCUGACUGGACACUGCACCCCAUCUUCAGCGACAAUGACGAUUUCUGUUACACUGAUGAGUAUGGCAGUGAUGAUGAUGAUGGAGAUGAUCCCUCAGUGAUGACUGCAAUAAGGAGCAACCAGGAGGCUGAUUUGGAAUUCAAUAUGGACGACGAUAUUGACCUGGCUGCCGAAAUGUUCAUCAGAAGGUUCCGUGAGCAGAUGGACGAGAACUUCUCGUGA